CUGGAAGCACCCGGUAGCCUACCUGUCUAAGAACUUAGACCCUGUGGCCUCCGGUUGGCCACCAUGCCUGAGAAUGGUGGCAGCCAUUGCCGUCCUAACUAAAGACGCUGGGAAGUUGACCUUGGGGCAGCCACUCACCAUCCUGGCACCCCAUGCAGUGGAGGCUUUGAUAAAACAGCCCCCUGACCGCUGGCUCUCUAAUUCCCGCAUGACCCACUACCAAGCCUUGCUACUGGAUGCGGAACGGGUCCAGUUUGGGCCCGUGGUCGCUCUCAACCCAGCCACUCUGCUUCCUUUGCCAGAGGAGGCAGAACAGCACGACUGUCUGCAGAUCCUUGCAGAAGUACAUGGAACCAGACCAGACCUAUCGGACCGACCUCUCCAGGAUGCUGACCAUACGUGGUACACCGAUGGUAGCAGCUACUUGGUGAACGGGGAAUGGAAAGCUGGAGCCGCGGUCACUACGGAGGACAAAGUGAUCUGGGCAAGCGCCUUGCCUGUUGGUACCUCCACACAGCAGGCUGAACUCAUUGCCUUAACCCAGGCGCUCAAAAUGGCAGAAGGUAAGAGGCUGAAUGUAUAUACAGACAGCCGCUACGCCUUUGCUACGGCACACAUCCAUGGAGAGAUCUACUGGAGAAGAGGGCUGCUCACAUCUGAGGGUAAGGACAUUAAGAACAAGACUGAAAUUCUGGCCCUCCUGGCAGCUCUGUUCCUACCAAAAAGACUGAGCAUUAUACAUUGCCCAGGGCAUCAGAAGGGACACAGCCCCGAGGCACGGGGAAAUCGGCUAGCUGACAUCUCAGCGCGUGAGGCCGCCAUGGGUUCUGUCCUUAAAAGACCAAGAUCAACCCACGUCUCCACAGCCGGAACAGACCAGUUGGCUCUACACCACGGAGGACACAAAGCUCCUACAGAAAAUGGGGGCCGUUUGGUACCCACAACUAAAACGGUGGGUCUACACAGGUAAAACAGUUAUGCCUACGAAGAUGACCUUUGAAUUAAUCUCCUACCUACAUAAAUUAACACACCUGGGACUCAAGAAGAUGAAAACCCUCUUAAGACGAGAAGAGAUUGACACCUACCUCCUGGGACGAGAUCAGGCCUUGCGGGAGGUGACUGAAAGCUGCAGGGCCUGUGCUCAGGUAAACCCAGGAAAAGCUAAAAUUGGACAAGGAGUCCGUCCCCGAGGACAUCGGCCUGGUACCCACUGGGAAAUUGACUUCACUGAAAUCAAGCCUGGUAUGUACGGACACAAAUACCUCUUAGUGUUCAUAGAUACCUUCUCCGGAUGGGUAGAGGCUUUCCCCACGAAACAUGAAAUGGCCAAGGUGGUGACCAAGAAGCUCCUCGAAGAAAUCUUCCCCAGGUAUGGAAUGCCCCAAGUAUUGGGGUCAGAUAACGGGCCCGCUUUCGUCUCCCAGGUAAGUCAGUUGGUGGCCAAGUUAUUGGGGAUUGAUUGGAAGUUACAUUGUGCUUAUAGACCCCAAAGUUCAGGACAGGUAGAGCGCAUGAAUAGAACAAUUAAGGAGACUUUAUCUAAAUUAACGCUUGCAACUGGCUCAAAGGAUUGGGUGUCCCUACUACUCCUAGUCCUAUACCGGGCCCGGAAUACACCGGGCUCCCAUGGCCUGACUCCCUUUGAAAUAGUAUACGGGACCCCACCCCCAUUUAUCAAUUUCUUUGAUUCAAAUAUCGCUGAAUUCGCUAAUAGCCCUUCCUUGGCAGCACAUCUUCAGGCCCUACAAAUCGUGCAGAGAGACAUCUGGAAACCUCUAGCCGCGGCCUACCAAGACAGGCUUGAACAACCGACGGUGCCGCACCCGUUCCAGAUCGGAGACACCGUGUGGGUGCGCAGACAUCAGACCAAGAAUCUCGAGCCUCGGUGGAAAGGACCCUAUACAGUUCUCCUGACUACCCCGACAGACUUGAAGGUAGACGGAAUUGCAGCUUGGAUCCACGCAUCUCACGCCAAGGCAGCCCGACCUGAGAAAUGGCAGAUCACAACAUCGCGCCCCAAACAUGGAAGGCUCAACGCACUCAAAACCCCCUAAAGCUAAGAUUUUCAC